AUGGAGGAGGCCCGCGACACGAAGAAGAAGCGGAGCCUCGCCGUCACUAGUUCCGCCUCCACCGCAGCCGCCACCGGCGUUGGCCUCACCGACGACCACAUCGUCGACAUCCUCUCGCGCGUGCCCGUGAAGUCGAUCUGCCGCUUCAAGUGCGUCUCCCCGUCGUGGCGCAGCCUCAUCUCCCACCCCGACAACCGCAAGAAGCUGCCCCAGACGGUCACGGGCUUCUUCUACUUCGACGAGUUCGAUUCGUGCACCUUCGUCAGCCUGCUCGCCGAGCCGCCGAGGAGGACGACAGGAAGAGGAUGGGUGCGGCCCCGCUCGCCGUGCGAUUUCCUGCCCGCCAACACAGGCGGCGGGGUGGUGGACUGCUGCAACGGGCUCGUCCUCUUGAACAACUCCCGCGGCGGCGGCGGCGGCGGCGGCUCCGAGCCCCGCGCAUCGUACGUCGUCUGCAACCCUGCCACCGAGAAGUGGACUACCGUGCCGGCAUCAACCCGUGCCGGCAAGAUCUGCUCCGCUAGCAUCCUGUGCUUCGACCCGGCCAUCUCCCCGCAUUUCCAUGUCGUUCAGUUGCUGGACCGGGACCCGGAGGCCGACGAGGCCGACGACGAGGAGGAGGAAGACUGGUUUGCCGAGGAAAGCAGCCAGUUCGAGGGGUUCAACAUCUACUCCUCUGAAACAGGGGCCUGGGUUUUCCAUCCUCAUGACAGCCAUUGGUCUCCCGUUGCCCACCGGAGCAGGAGGAUCUUCUUCAACGGCCAGCUGCAUUUCGUCACCGGCGACGACGGCGCGGUCGCUGCACUGGACAUGAAAGGGCAGCAGAAACGCAGGGUGAUUCCUGUCCCGCGAAGCGGAGAGGUCCAGCUCAUUGGCCAUUCUCAGGGGCGCCUGCUCUACGCGAACAGAGAUGCUCGUAACGCCUCCAAGCUGUCGAUCUAUGUGCUCGGGGAGGGUGGGAAUGGCAAUGGCAGGUGGACUCUGAAGCACUGCGUUGAGACUUCAUCAGGCCUGUUUGCUGGUGAAGAGUAUUUGCAGUCUGGGCUGUUGGUGGGAGUGGCCGCCAUUCAUCCGCACGGCGAUUCUGUCUUCUUGUUUGAUUCGUUGCAGGGAAGGUUGAUGUCAUAUGGUAUGGGGAGCCGGCGAGGUCAUGUCGUCGGCAAUGUCGAAGAAUCGCCGCUGUGGUCAUUUGUACCGUAUGUUCCACUCUACUUGGAGAUGGCAGCACUGGAAAACUCCAAGUAG